UCAAGUCUGCUACGAUGGUUCGAACAACUGACCAAAUAGCCACCCGUGUUCAAGAAGACCAGCCGGUGAUCUCUAAGAUGCACAAACGGAGGUGGCGGUUGGCUAUCACAGCCAUAUACUUCACCAGGGUUCUUACUUCUUUGUCCAAGAAAAUUCUUAACAAGACUGGUCCUCUCUUGCGCACCCUAUCCUACGUUACCAUCGAUGUGCACCGCCUUAAGGAGAAUUCUUCGCGCGGAAAACCGGCUUCAUAUUUUAACGUUGAUCCAAAAAUGUUUAGUGACAUGGUAAGAGACAAAAACUUUGAGUCUUUGAGUCAGAUUGGAGGGGUUAAAGAUAUUGCUUCAAUUCUUCGAAGUGAUGUAAGAGAUGGUAUUAAUGGUGGUGAAACAGAUCUUAUCCAACGAAAGAUUGUUUUUGGUGAAAAUACAUACCGAAAUCCACCUGCAAAAGGCUUCCUUAGUUUCUUGUCAGCAGCUUUUAAAGAUACAACUAUUAUUAUACUUAUGGUAUGUGCUGUACUAUCUCUUACUUUCGGGAUCAAACAACAUGGCUGGAGAGAUGGGUGGUACGAAGGCGGAAGUAUCAUUCUUGCUGUCAUUAUGGUUGUCUCUGUGUCAGCAGUGAGCAACUUUCGGCAAUCAAGACAAUUCGACAAGCUUUCUGAAAAGAGUAGUGAUAUAAGAGUGGAAGUUGUGAGAAAUGGGAGGCGGCGGCCAAUAUCGAUCUUUGAAGUUGUUGUGGGUGAUAUUGUGUACUUGAAGAUUGGUGAUCGGAUUCCCGCAGAUGGGUUGUUCUUGGAAGGGCAUUCCUUGGAGGUGGAUGAGUCUAGCAUGACCGGAGAAAUUGACCUUAUUGAGAUAUAUGAAAGGAGUCCCUUUAUGCUAUCGGGCGCAAAGGUGACGGAUGGCUUCGGUUUCAUGCUUGUCACUUCUGUUGGCAUGAACACUGCAUGGGGUCGGAUGAUGAGUUCGACAAACCGCGACUUGAAAGAGGAGACGCCAUUGCAAGCACGCCUCAGCAAGCUAUCUUCAUGUAUUGGGAAUGUUGGGUUCGUGGUGGCUGCACUUGUUCUUGCAGUUCUCCUGAUUCGAUACUUCACAGGAAAUACCAAAGAUGACGGGGGAAAUAGGGAAUUCAUUGGCACCAAGACAAUGUUUGGUGACGUUAUGAAUGCAGUGGUGGGCAUGAUUGCUGCUGCUGUGAUUAUUAUCGUUGUGGCUAUUCCUGAAGGCUUGCCUUUGGCUCUUACUCUAACUCUGGCUUAUUCUAUGAAGCGGAUGAUGGCUGAUCAUGCCCUGGUCCGAAAACUAUCUGCUUGUGAGACAAUGGGCUCAGCCACAACCAUCUGCACAGACAAAACAGGAACACUUACAUUAAACGAAAUGGAAGUCACAGAAUUUUGGCUUGGAAAGGAAGCACUCAGGGAUUAUACUUCUUUUGAUAUGGCAAACAAUGUUCUCAAGUUCUUGCAUCAAGCGGUUGGUUUGAACACGGGUGGUAUGAUUUAUAAACCACAUUCUGCAUCAAUUCCAGAGAUUUCGGGUAGCCCAACCGAAAAAGCAAUACUUUCUUGGGCUGUGUUUAGUUUGGCAAUGGAUAUCGAAGAAGUUAAGCAAAAUUAUGAGACAAUCCAUGUAGAGGCCUUCAAUUCACUGAAAAAGAAAAGCGGAGUUUUGGUGAAGGAGAACGGUGAGAAGACUAUUCAUACCCACUGGAAGGGAGCUGCUGAGAUGAUACUAGCCUCUUGUUCAACUUAUUACGAUAGAGCUGGGAUGCGGAAAACCAUUGGCGAGGAAGAAAGACUACAGCUGGGGACUAUUAUUAAGAACAUGGCAGCAAAAAGCCUCCGAUGCAUUGCCUUUGCCCACAAAGAAAUGGCAGAAGAAGAUGGACAGAUUCUUGAGAAGCUUGAAGAAAAUGGACUCACCUUUCUAGGGUUAGUUGGCUUGAAAGACCCAUGUCGGCUGGAAGUCAAAACAGCAGUAGAAUCUUGCAGAGCCGCUGGUGUUAACAUCAAAAUGAUCACCGGUGACAAUGUGCACACAGCAAGGGCUAUAGCUAUUGAAUGCGGGAUUCUUAAUGUUGAUGAGAAUCUGGACCAUGAAUCUGUAGUAGAAGGGGUGCACUUCAGACAUUACUCACCUGAAGAGAGAAUGGAAAAGAUCAAUAAAAUCCUUGUAAUGGCCAGGUCAACCCCCUUUGACAAGCUUCUGAUGGUACAGUGCUUGAAGCAGAAAGGCCAUGUAGUUGCAGUCACAGGCGAUGGAACUAACGAUGCGCCUGCUCUAAAGGAAGCUGAUAUUGGGCUCUCCAUGGGAAUCCAAGGAACUGAAGUGGCAAAAGAAAGCUCGGAUAUAGUAAUUCUAGACGAUAAUUUUACCUCUGUAGAGACAGCUUUGAGGUGGGGAAGAUGUGUAUACAGCAAUAUUCAAAAAUUCAUUCAGUUUCAACUGACAGUAAAUACUGCUGCCCUUAUUAUCAACCUUGUUGCGGCCAUUGCUUCCGGUAAGGUUCCACUUACUGCAGUGCAGCUACUGUGGGUGAACCUGAUAAUGGACACCUUGGGAGCUUUGGCUUUGGCCACUGAAAAACCCACUAAUGAUCUCAUGAAAAAGCCACCGGUUGGUCGAUCUGAGCCACUUAUAACCAUAAUCAUGUGGAGGAAUCUCAUCGCCCAAGCUCUGUAUCAAGUUACCAUUGUACUGGUUUUACAUUUCAAAGGAGUAUCCAUCUUUGGUGUAGACAAGAAGGUAAAUAGCACCCUCAUUUUCAAUUCUUUUGUCCUCUUCCAAGUCUUCAACGAAUUUAAUGCAAGGAAACUGGAGAAGAAGAAUAUAUUCACGGGUUUACUAACCAACAAGAUGUUUUUAGCAAUAAUUGGAAUUACCAUAGUUAUUCAAGUGAUUAUGGUGGAGUCCCUGAAAAGGUUUGCCAACACUCAGAGAUUGGACUGGGGGCAAUGGGGUGCUUGCAUUGGACUUGCAGCUUUGUCAUGGCCAAUAGGUUGGCUUGUCAAGUUCAUUCCGGUUUCAAUCAAGGAUUGAUGAUGAAAUCCAGUUCGGCUUGACUCUUAGUGAUUGUACCCGUAUGAUAUUAAACUUCGUUUCUCAACAAAUAUAAUCUGUUUAAU